UAUUACUUAUUACUACAACAUGGCUGUACAAGUUCCGGGACUUAUCUCUGUAAUUGUAUUUUAUGUUUUGAUUCUUGUGGUUGGAAUAUGGGCGACACGAAAAGUGAAAAAUCAGAAUUCAACUACUGAAACUGAAAAUAUGUUAGUUGGAGGAAGAAAUAUGGGAAUCUUUUUGUCGUUUAUGUCCUUGACUGCAUCUUGGAUCACCGGACCCACAGUCAACGGCGCUGCGGAAGGUGUGUACGAUUCAAAUCAAGGCCUUUUGUGGGUAGCACCAGCUUUAUUUGGAUAUAGCUUAUCGUUAGUCCUGAAUGGAAUUUUCUUCGUGAACAAAAUGCGUGGAAAAGGAUAUGUCACACUGGUUGAUCCAAUGCAAGCUAAACUUGGUUUAGUCGCUGGUGUAAUUCUUUCUGCAGUACAAAUGGUGUGUGAUUUAUUCUUUCAGGCUGCAACUUUGGUUGUUCUGGGUGGAACUCUGGAAACUAUAAGUGGAAUACCAAACGUUUGGGCUGUUUUGCUAUCUUCAGCAGUUUGCGUUUUUUACACUAUGUUUGGUGGAUUAUAUUCAAUUGCUUAUACAGAUGUCAUACAAAUAGUUUUCGUUGUCGUUGGAUUGGUUAUUGCCAUACCAUUCGUGCUUACAAGUGAAGUGGUAUCUAGUAUCAGCGAAACAGCAUACACAGGUCCUGAUGGUUGGCUUGGAACGUGGGAUAACAACUUCACAGGAUCGUAUAUUGACUUAUGGCUAAUGACUCUGAUGGGUGGAAUCCCAAUUCAGGAUAUUUAUCAAAAAGUAUUGGGCUCUAACUCUUUGAAAAAUGCUCAACUUACUUGUAUACUUGCUGGAUUCACAAGCUGUGCUAUUUGUACUCUUCCGGUGAUCAUCGGAGCUGGUGCCAAAAGUGCAAAUUGGACUAUCAUUGAUUAUAAAGAUGCAAAUGGUUCAAGUCCUUUCGAUCUCGGUGAUCAAGCAAUAAUUCUGCCCCUGAUUUUAAAUUACACUGUUCCGGUAGUCGUUUCUAUCAUUGGAUUAGGAGUAAUUGCAGCAGCGUCGAUGUCGUCACUAGAUGCUGCUUUAUUGUCAACAUCCAGUGUAUUUGCAAGAAAUGUUUAUCAAACAGUUAUACGAAAAAAGGCUUCUGAUAGAGAGUUAGUUUGGGUUAUCAGGAUAGCCGUGGUAAUUGUUUCAGCUUUAUCGAUAUUGAUAGCGCUGUCUGUGAAUAGCGUUCUCGGACUCCUAUAUUUAGCUGGAGAUUUUUUCUACUGUUUGGUAUUUCCACAGUUCACUUCAGUUUUGUUCUUGGACCCCAAUGCAUACGGAGCAAUUCCUGCCUUGAUUGUUGGUUUAAUAUUAAGGGUCGCAGCUGGUGAAAGUUCUUUAGAUUUUGAACCAUUAUUCGAAUUUCCUGGUGAAGGAAACUACCCAUUCAGAACCGUAGCUAUGGUUACGUCUUUCUUUACUCUUACUGUUUUUUCGUAUAUUGCAAAAUUUCUCUUCGAAAGAGGAUAUAUUCCUAAAAAAUAUGAUUUUUUGAAAAGCAACCUUGCCAACGAAGAAUGAAAAAGUAAUACGAAAGAUGAUGGAGUAGACAUGGAUCAAAUAAACUAAUAUGUGUAAUAGGCAAUAAUAUGGAAUGUGUGAAAUAUCUGAGUAUAUCAAUUUUAGGUGAUAAGAAAAAUGCCCUAAAAGUGAAGGUCCACACAAUUCAUUUUAGUUGUUUAUGAAUUGUGUGUUCUAAAUGCACACAUCCGCAUUUCCCCGAAAAAUGUUGCCUAUACAUCAUUAUAUUUCUAUGAGUCAUUUUUUAUGGUGAGUUAUCACUCUAGUCAUAUUUCAUUCCAAUAAAAAUCCAUUCAUUUAUUCAACUUAUUUCCACAUAAUAAAUGUGUUGCAAAGGC